AUGAAUUUACUUGGCGCUCUUUUUGUGCUCGCCACCUGCUCACUAUGUGGAUUAACUUCAGCAGACAUAUCGUUGAAGCUGCAGCAACAACCGAAUCGCUUUGAGGAGAGCAACUAUGGAGAUUCGCGUUAUCAAAUCUUCGAGGUGCACAAUCAUUAUGCCAACAAGCAGCGUGCCUAUCUGCCACCAGUGUCUGCAACAGAUGCUGCCAUACGCGAAGAGAUACACAUACAUCAUCAGCAGCAGCAGCAGCAGCAGCCGUCACCAGCUGGGGAUGAGCACUUGGAUAUAUCGUAUUUGGGCUUGGAUCAUGAGGCUAAUUUGCCAACAUAUCCACAAGCAACAGUUGCAAGUGUGGCAACGUCCGUGCCACAGCAAGUGCAACAGCAAUCAGUGCCUCAACCACCACAGCAGCAACCAGCUGUGUUUAGAGGACCUGCCUACUUGCCGCCCACAGCCAUAACGCCCAGCAUAGAAACGCAGCAACAACAUCAAUCGGCAGGUCAGAGCUAUCAGGCGCCUGAUUACUUGCCACCAGUUGUAUCACCAUUGGAGCAACAGUCCCAUCAGCAAUAUGUAGCCCCAACCAGCACUGCAACAGUUGCCAGCUAUUCACAGCACCAACAGCAACAGCAACAAGCCUACCAAGCAGCCGCCUAUUUGCCACCAAGCAGCAGCUCUGAAUAUCAAGCCCCUGGCUAUUUACCACCUGGCUAUGACUUUGCCAAUCCCGAUCAGCUGCCUGCGUCCCAAGUUGCCACACAAGGCACACCUGUUGCUACGCCAUAUAACGCACCAAGCUAUCUGCCGCCUGGCUAUGAUGAUGUCAAGACACCAGCACCGCUGCCGCAGCCACAACCCACAGUCGUUUACCAUGCCCCACAGCAGCGACAACAGCAGCAGCAACAACAACAACAACAACAACAACAACAACAACAGCAGCAGCAGCAGCAGCGAACAUUGCCUGGCACCUUGCCAGAUGGUUAUGACUUCAUCAAGCCAGACAACUUUGAAGCAGCAAUUGCUGAGCUGCACAGUCUGCAGACGCAAACGAAAUUGUUGAAGGAGCAACAGCAGCAGAAGCAACACUUGCGACUGCAGCAGUCAACGUUGCAAAUCGGAGGUGUUGUCUAUGGCAUGCAUACGCUAAGCAGUUUCAUGAGCAAUGUGCAACCCUUGGCGCGUUAUGGACAGCAGCAACAUCAUGUGCAGCAGCAGCAGCAGCAAGUGCAACAGCAGCAACAAUUUGUUGCAGUGGCACCCAUGUACAGAGAGCAAUCAAAGCGACCACGUUAUUAUGCGCCUGCCAUGUCCUACAGCAGCAAUGCAUUGACAGCACAACAGCAACAUCAUCAUCAGCAACAGCAACAGCAAAUCUUGACGCAGUCACGCACCGCUUUAAGCCUUCAAGCACAGCAGUCGCUGCAGAAGUUUAUGCCACGCGAAAUGCAAAUGGCCGUGAAUGUAGCUGUGGCUGCCACUGUGCCCGUGCCACGCGGCAGUUCCAAAGUGCGGACCGUGCAAAUCGUCAAGCCGCAUGCAGUGCGCACCUUUAAGGUGCUGGAGGCCUAUGACAACGCUGGAGUGAAGACCAUUAAGAUCUUGGGUACCACCAAUGAGCAGCCAACGGGACCACAUCACGUUGUCAAGGUUGUCACCCAGGAGACGGCCCAUGGCGAAGAACAUGUGCAGACAGUCCGCAUCUUCGAUGACCAGCCAGCGUAUGCGCCACAAGCAGUGGCAACUGCCGCCGCCGCCACCAACAACGCUUACUUGCCGCCAACUGGGCCACGCCCACGCACGCGUAUUGCACGUCAAGCCAGCAGCAGCAGCAAC